AAGUACACAGUACAGUCAAAAACGCGAACGAGAAUAGUGCAAGUUGGUAAUACUACGUAAUCGUAUUACAGCUACUACUAUGCAAUUUAUAUGUUGUUGUAAAGUGUAAACUGUCUUGUAAUUUAGAUUUUAGAAAGUGUUUUGAUUCGCGACUUGUGUUUUAUUUUUAAAUUUACGCGAUUGUUUUUUUUUUCCUCGAUUAAUUAUUAUUUAAAUUCGUAAUCUCGUAUCAUUUUUUCGGCCUCGGUUGUCAUUCAUAUUGCGCGUAUUAAUUCGUCUUCGUCGACUCGAAAAAUUCCAUUUUUUCAUAUCAAUAUCGCUCGUAUCGUUCGCGUUACUCUUCUUUUCCUAUAUUGAUAAUUUUUUCUUAUAAUAUUAUUGAUCAAUAACCGAAAAAAAUUCGAUACUCGGUUCAAGAAUUAGCACAAGAGUUCUGUAAUUAUUAUGAUGUGGUGUUCGUUUGAUGUGUUCGUAUUUUGGUUCGAGUUUAAUUAUUAAUAAUUUCGAAAUCGUAAAGUUUUUAUAUGGUUUUUCGAAAAUAUCUCUAUCGUGUAUAUUCUGCGGUGUUUAUUAAUUCUUCUUUAUUGAAAGUUGUUGCCAGUGUCGCGUUAGCUUAAAAUUUUUUUCCUUCGACGUGGUGAACUUAGCAGAAAACUGUUCUCUUUUCGUGUGUUUUUGUUUUAUUUUUCAUUUUUUUCCAAACAAAUAAAUUAAUUGGAUGAUUUAUACGAGUCAUGCAGGAAAGGUCGUCUGGCGGAAAGAGAAAUUAUUUUAACGACUGUUGGUGGUUAUGUGACAUCGACGAAAGCAGUUAUGUUGACCACCUUCGAAAUCCGGAAACAUUCUUGCGUAGAAGCCACACCAAAGAAUGGGCAGCACGUCUGAAACCUAUGAAAAUGGCACAAACGUAGUAGUAUACGUUGCAAAUGAAAAUGCGCAUAUACAAUCGCACCAGCAGCAUCAGUACCAUUCGCAUAGUAUUGUUUCGAGUAAUUUGCAUCAUCAGUCCGACGAUAAUGAAACCGUUUAUAAUGUUUGUACGGAAUACAGACCAUCCUCCGUAACGAUAACGACGUACGAGCCGCCGCCACAACAACUGCCACAGCAGCAGCCGGAUAAAAGCCAGCUAGAGCCGGAGGAUCCUCCUCAUCAUCAUCAUCAUCACGAGGAUGGCGAUUUUAUGCGCGACUCUACGCAAUACGCUUCGUACAACGGCGACCAUCAUCGAGAAAAGCUCGCCAUCGUAGACAAUUGUGCCGGCGUCAACGUCGGUGUCGGUGUCGGUGUCGCGAAUAUCGAACAAUAUGUCGACAAAUUAAACGUAAACGUGAACGAUUCGUCGACGGUGAAUUUCGUCCAGAAUCCGGACGCGUUUGUUCGCAGCGAAUCGGUAAGAUCGGUCGAUUCGGUCGCGUCUACGUGUAGCAGCUUGAGCAGCUCCAGUGUGGGCAAUAAUCCGAAAUCGGUGCCGGAUAGUUUCGCAUCGGUUAGCACCGAUUGCGGCGAACCGAUCGCCACAGCUCAGACUGUAGCUACUACGUUUACGCCGUCUUCGCAGUUCAGAGUGGUGCCCUUUCUCACCAAAGAACCAGCAGUAGCAACAGCAACAACAGCAGCAGCAGCUCCUGUACCGAGGGUUUUCCAAAAACCCGUCGUAUCUGUACCGUACGGCUGGAAACGAGUGCUGCAUAACGGAUCUAUUACGUAUAUAAGUCCCAGCAACAAGGAGCUUAAUUCAUUAGAGCAAGUGAAUUCGUAUUUGUUAACUGACGGGAAUUGUUUUUGCGGUCUGGAUUGCCCGUUGUAUUCGCACGCAGUAUUUAAUUUCGAUCCUAAGGUAUCAACAUCUCCGAUUCCGGCUACUCCGGGAGGACUAUCGAAAUUGUGUAAUCAUAAAAGAAAACGUCUCUCUCAAACGAACCCAUCGAUCGGAUUACCGCAACAGGUUUACGAAAAUAUACCACCGCCUUCUACGUCUCCUACUAGUCGUCAUCUUAUUACCAAUCAUUGUGAUUCCGGUGUCGUUAAGAAAUAUGCUUUUGAUAUUAGUGAUCGAAGAAAAAAGAGAAAACUUAUGCCAGGGCAGCAGCAGUACAUUGAUGAUUCGUCAGUACCGUCACCAAACAUGAUGGUGCACAACGAUUGUGAUAUUUCUACCAAAGAAAAUAAUCCCUCAAUAAUGGCGUCGAAUUCUCAGGUGGAAAACAACGUAUAUAGCCAACAGAUUGGCAUGGCUGUUGGUAUGAUGCCCCAACAGCAGCAGCAGCAGCAGCAACAACAACAUCAACAAAUGUCAUCUAUGGGACCAGCAAUGGUGCGUUUAAAAGGACCACCGCCGUUUAAUCAAAUGUAUCCUAAUCAAACAACUCAGUAUUACAAUACAAGGCAGCAGAAUUACGGUUUCAACGUAUCGAACGAUUGUUACACUGUGAAUUCACCUUCACCUCAGCAGCAACAGCAGCAACAACAACCUCAUGCUAGAUCUAUGCCGAAUCAAGCUGGUACAUUUAUGACUAGCGAUAAUCAGUUCCAUCAGGCAGCUCAGAACAACGCAGGAGCAGGAUACAUCUGCGACCAGAUGAAAAUCAGUAAUCAACAAGGUGGUUGUGGCAUUGGUGGUGUACAACAUCAUCAUAUGAAUUGCGGCAGUGGAAUGCCAUCAGUACAGCAGCAACAACAACAGCAACAACAGCAUCGCAUAGCGUGUAACUCUGUGGUUGAAAAUGUCGCCAUGGGAUCUGCGCAUCAUCAUAUGAAUCCUGCAGUGGUCCAGUCUGGAGCACAUUUGCAAGGCCAGCCUCACAUGCAGUCUGCUCAGCAACAAUUUCAUAAUUCCAGUCAUCAUAACAUGAUGAGUCAGCAGCAGCAACAGCAACAACAGCAGCAACAACAACAUCAGCAGAACUUUCAACAGAUGCGUAUUGUACCCAAUCAUCAUAUUAAUAGCGCGGUGCAUCACAAUGUGCUGAAUGAAUCGAUGAUGAUUGGUGCUGCCGAAGGGGGUAAAUUUGUGAAGCAACAACAACAACAGCAGCAGUUUGUGGGACCAGAGAAGGUCGAUUCGACGGUAUACCAUCAUGGAAUGGAGCAGCCAGAACACAGUUGUAUGGAUGCUAAUCAUUGCCGAAUACCUAAAACGUCGGCAUCGUUUUGUAAUUGUUACCAUAAUGAAGGGCAUGCGCAUCAGCAUCAGUCGUGUAUGCCGGAUUGCUCAGGAAAUUGCGGAUCUGUCAUGAUGCAGAAUCCAGCCGCAGCAGUUGCUCAGUCACCUGCAAACGCUGCUCAAAACCAAAUAAUAAUGCAGGCAGCUAACCAUCAUAUGGUUUCACCUCACGAUAUGAAUGCCAUGGCACAGAUGUCGGGUCAGGCCCAACAACAGCAACAAAUGCAUCAUCAGCAGAGUCAGCAUCAUGCCAAUAUGGUGCCUAGUCCUAUGCAUAUGCAGAAUGCUGCGCAGCAAGCGGGAUAUGCGCUGCAUCAUCAUCACCACCAUCAUCAUCAGCAACAAACUCCACCACCGCAGCAGCAGCAACAGCAACAACAACAACAGCAAAUGCAACAAUUCCAACAAACUGCCGGAGUACCCGGUACCAUUCAACAUCAGCAAAUUCAGCAGAUUGCGCAACAGUCGCAUCAACAAAUGCAUCUUCACCAGCAACAGCAGCACCAUCAUCAACAACAACAGCAAAUGCAACAACAACAGCAGAUGCAUCAGCACCAUCACCAUCAGCAGCAACAACAACAGCAGCAGCAACAACAGCAACAGCAUCAAAUGCACCUGAUUCAAAAUAAUGGUCAUGGGUUUAACGCGCAAACAAUAGAUAUGAAAGGCAGUGCCCAGUUGCAGGGUAUGUGUCCUCAAAAUCAAAUGAUCCACCCACAACAAAUGGCAGCUGGUGCUCAGAUGAACAUGGAUGCUGAUAGAUCACAGCAGCAUUACGCUCAUCAUCAGCAGGGUAAUGUGAAUGCGAUGCAGCACGUCCAACGUGUCAAUGUAUCAUCAUGGCCUGCUCAACAGAAAAUUGUUCAAAGUUGUCCGCAGCAAACUACCUUAGUUACCUCAGAAUCACCUCAACCGCAGCCUGGUACUUAUGAAAGGGUUCCUCCACUUCAUCAUCAUGUGUCACCAUCAUCAUCAUCGCCAUCUAGUUGGUCAAAUGAUGAACCUUCCAGCAGGAAGAAGUUCAUCAAGAGUUCGAGUAAAUCACCACCCGCCAAUGCAGUGUCUUCAAAGAAGGCAAAAGUUACUUAUGGCAAUGAGUCUUCAUCAGUGGCCAGACAUGUUAGCAAUGGUACUGGUGGUGGCUCAGGUGGCCAGUCACAUAAGACCACUAUUAAAUUAGAACAUCCGAAUACUCCUGUGCCAUCAUUUAUGGAAGAUCCUAGCGGAUAUCUGGCACAGCAGACGGCUUUGUUGAACAGCACGAUAUCCAAGCAAACUGGUGAGAAUCAGGAUGAACGUAGUUUCCCAUCGCAAAUAUCCGGCAAACAUGUGGUUUCAAUGGCCAAUUCGUCUAAUACCAGGACUGGCAUGGCUGCAAUUACCACUACGAGCUCGACUAAUAAAAACAACGCUAGUUAUGUGUCUGAAGACUCGAAUAAAUCCAGACUACCUCAAUCUAGAACACCAGACAGCAGUGUCCAAACUGACCACAUUCAUCCGAACAAUAGGAAGACCUCGUCUGCUGGCAGCGGAUCAGCCUAUAAUGCCAAACAGCAUCAUCAGCAACAACAGCAUAGCAGACAUUACGAUGAUAACCCAGUUACCUCGUCAACGUAUUCGGAUCGAAGUAGCAGCAGCAGCAGUAGUAGUAGCAGCGGCGAAAGAAGUGUUGCUGCUUCACCAUCCGAAUCACGUAGUCCAAUUCAGGCUGGAACUGUCAGUACCAGUAAUCAGUCACCAGUACAGCCUGGUAUGUCAUCUCCAAAUGUCUGCAGUACGCCUAAUACCAGCUCGGAUGCUCCACCACAGUCUCCAGCUACUAGCAAAACAUGUGGCUCGGAUGAUACAGUGAUAGAUUCGCCAAAAUCAGUGUCUGCAGCAGCUACAGCUGUCAUGAGUGGGCAUACCUGCAGCAGCAACACUAUAACUUCUGUAUUGGCUGGUAAAACCAAUACAGCUGUGGUGUCUGUGGGUAAUACCAACGCUGCCAGCGGCCAAGGAAGUGGUGGAACGUUUACAUCUGCUGCAUCCGGAUCAGCUGGAGGAAACGAUGAUCAGAAUGGUUGUGCGAUUGCUGUUGCUGUAUCUGCAGGUUCUUCAGCGGUGUCCAAUGUACCUGUGGAGCAUCACCAGAUUGCUACAAAGUCGCCGCUGGAAAUGGUGCAGAAUGUGGUCAGCAGCAUACAAAUACCACAGUCGACGGCGGCUCAGCAGAGUAUUUGCCAUCAGCAGCAUCACGAUGGUCCGUCAUCGUCCAAGACGACAACGACGCCGGUGACUUCGAUACCUCAGCAGCAGAAUAGUAAUAAUAAUAUUUUAACUAGUCAUUUUCUCGUAUCGAAUAACGGCCAGUUACUGGUGGCUACCAGUAAUACACCUCAAAGUCAGCAUAGUGUAACCAAAGUUAAUUCUCCAAUAACGAUGAUGGGUGGAUCAUCUGCGAUGGUUACCAACGUUACCGGAGCUGUGACGCAGGUCAUACCAGCAGUUGGCGUCACGCAGCAGGUCCUGGGUCAGCCAACGGUGCUGGUGAACACGUUACCAACGGGUCAACUGGUAUUCCAGCCCAGCGUGAUGGCCCUGGACAGCGCCGGAAACACGGUGCAAAUACCUCAGUUGGCUGUGGCCACUAAUAACGCUGGUCAUCAUCAUCACCAUCACCAUCAUCAAAAUCAAACUCUGGGCGAUGCCACCAUAUCUGUUACCACGAAUGGCUCGUUUUCACCUCGAGGCCAAGCUGCCAGCCUGCUGUCGCCGGAGAGUUCGAAACGUAAGGCGAAUACCAAAAAACGCAAGCUGUCUCCUCAGCAGCAAAUGCAACUGCAGAUCACGCAGCAGCCUGGAUCGCAGGCUGGUGCCGGAACCACAACUAGUGUUGUUGUGCAACAACAGCAACCGCAGCAGAUUACCCAAGGACCGAUGCUGCAGACUUUGAUAUUACCCAAUAAAGGCAACCAGUUUACCAGUACGCAGCCUUUGAUCGCUACAGCUAAUGUGCUGCAUCCUGUCAAUCUGGUCCAUAAUAUACCAACCAUUCAGCAAUUCAUCGUUCCGGCCGGAUUAGGUGGGAUGGUGAUGACAAACGGUGACGGAACGGCCACCUUGUUACCAGAAACUGUCCAACUGAAUGUACUGACUCCGGUUCAGAAUGCCACCAAUGCGGCGACAGUGUUUAGUCAUGCUGGAGGUCAGGGUAUCUUGGCUAGUCCGGCAACUGGUAUGGUGAUCAGGGCUGCUCAAGCUGGCGCAGCUCAGAAUCAACUCAGACCAGCGCAAACCAUCUCGACGCCAAACGGUACAACGCAAUUUAUCGCCACUCAAUCUCCGAACCAGUUCAUCGUCAACAACGGAGCCAACUUUGGUGGUCAAUUGAGCCCGAUCGUCGCCAACGUGAACGCCGCCGGUCAACAGAUCACCUAUAAUACGUCGCCGAACACGUCCAGGUCUUCGACCGUGGCUGUUUCGGCGGCUUCGGCGUCCACGCCGCAUCACCAUCAUCAUCACCAAGAGUUCAUUCAAUGCGUCAACAGCGGGGUGAACGGGCAAACGCUAAUGGUGCCUUGCUCGGUAUCGCCGCAGCAGACGAGUCCGCCUCAUCAUCAGAACACGACCGUCGUCCAGCAGAAUACCACCAUCGUCCAGCAACAGAUGACGAUGGUGUCUAAUAAUCAACAGUUACCAGAUAACGUGGCGACGUCCGGCAGCGCGACAAGCCAAUCUUCCAACAUUAAUCUGAGUCAACACAAUAUCAUCUUGAAAGACGCCAACAAUCAGUCGCAGAAUUUCAUCAUUACCACCGAUAACGGCGCCGUCAAGUCGUCCACGCCACAGACGAGCUACAUUCUUAGUCCGAAAGGGGCUACCGGUCAAGAUAAACACGGCGCAGCGACCGGAGCUCACUUCAUCUUGAAUAAUCUGAACACGGAGAAACAAUCGCAAAGCUUUAUAAUCAGCAGUCCUCCGGACAACAAACUGUGCGGUAAUUUCAUCUUGGCGAACGCGGGCGCCGAAAAGAACAACUCGCCCAGAGGUAACUUCAUCAUCACCAGUAGCCAAACACCGCCUGGUACGGUCGAAAGACAAGCCCGAUUUGUCAAACAUUCCAUAUCGACUCAGACGGCGGCUGCAGCGGCGGCCGCAGCCGCAGCUAAUCAGCAAGUACUGCAGUUAUCGUCGACGCCGACUCUGAUCGUGGCCACGAAUAACACCUUCUCGCAGACCAGCAGCACGUACUCGAGUAGUCCGCCGGAUACAACUACCCAUAGUCCGAUCGGUGCCAGUGGCCAGAGUCCGGAUACCCCCAGCAGCUCGCUGAUCGUCGGCAGCACCGAUGAUGUUGCGUCGCCCACGUCUAGUACCCAACUAGGGCCAGGCAGUGGAUCCAACGAUUUGCAGACCAGGCAGCCGAUGGUGCAUUGCAUAUCGAGCAGCAACGUCGUCGAUUGGAACGAUGCGACUGGGGCCGGCGGAUCGAUAGAUGAGAAAAAAGUCAACAUAAUCGUGGAUCAGUCUUCGGAUAUCAUUACCGGUAUCGAAUUUCCGUCCUUGCGUUCGAUACAACCGCAUUUUCAACGAAGAUCGAGUUCCGCCUCCGAUACCAAAGAUAACUUGACGUAUAUCGAGUCUUCGACCUACGACGAUGCGUCCUCUUUACGUAAAUAAAGCCCAGGGUACCUCCAGAGAUAUCCAAACGAUGAAAAGAAACGACUCGAAGAAACGCUUCCCCUCGACGAUCACUCCAUUGCUGAUACAUGAAAAAAAUUAUUAUUCUUCUAAGAAGUGAUACCCGAUAUCCGAAGUACAUAAAAUGCUACCCAAAGGCCAAAAAGACGGAUAAAAUACGCGCGUAUAUUGUAUUUUUGCAUAACUUAAUAAUACUGUAAAUAAGUUCCUGUUUUGUAAUUUUAUUAUCAUUUUUUUUUUUCAUUUUUUUUGUGUGUAUGCGUGUAUUUUGAAAUCCUCUACGAGGAAUACACGACGAAACUAUACGAACGAUUAAAAAAUCGACGUAUAUAAAUGAAACGGAAUCCAGUAGUCCGGUGACAUAAAAUAUUAUAAUAAUGCUGUAAACAUGAAAUUUUUUUAUAACGCUGUUAUUUUAUUGUUUUUUUUUCUUUGUUAUUUUAUUUAUAAUUUUUUUUUUUCGAUCGCCGACACUAGAACAAUUUUUUUUGUUACGUGCCAUUUGUUUACGUGUGUUUGUAUGUGAGUGUUUUGUACUACGAUGUUGUAUCUUCUUAGGAAAAUGGUACAAUUUGUUUAAUUUUUUUGUAACGCGAAUUUUUCUUCUUUGUUUUUACUCCCUCUUUUCCCCCCUCCCACCCUUAUUUGCCCCGGUAACUCCAAAGAGUAUUUUGUGUAUUGUUUUAGUGUAUGUAAUGUACGCGUUAGAGUGUUGAUAAUUUUGGAAAUUUGAAUGAUGUGUGGUAUCUAUUGCCUUUUUGCGCGGUUUAUUGGAGAUUUUUUUUUUUAGUACCCUAAACUACCUACCUUACCUACCUACCUAUGUAUGUCCUUUAUUACGUACCUACUACGUCGUGUUACUCGUUUAUUUAUUUAAAAUAUGUACCUAGCGUUAUGGUUAUUAUCGCUUCGAUAUUAUUGUAAUAAUUUAGCUAGGCGUAUUUAGUAUUUUUUAACACGUUUAUAUUUUGUAUCAGUAGUUACCUUUCCGAAAGGGGUUUUUUAAAUUACGUGACGCUGGAUGUUGAAAAAGUCCUAAGGACUUGGAAACCAACUACAUAUAAGCUUUAGUUUCCCCCUCUUAUGAGUUUUUUUAAAAUGUGUCUCCGUAUUGUCUCAGAAAACAGUAUUAUAUUGGACCGGUUAAUGUUUAUCUUUGUUUGAGAUAAAAAUGGUUUCGUUUGAGCAUUUUUUUUUUUGGUAAAAUUUAAGGAUUUUUUUUACGUAAACACUGAAUUUUUUUUUGAAGGUUACUCGAAUUAUUAUCUGGCUUGAGAUGGUCAAGAUUUGUGAUGGGUUUUUGGUGACUUGCUCGUAUGAUUGAUUUUUAAAAAAAUUAAAAAUGUGAAAAAAUUGAGAAUUUUGUUGAUAAAAUUAUUAGUUAUUUAAACUCAGUCUCUGGAUUUCUUCAUUUUUUUUUUUUUUUUUUUUCAAAAAAAUAAAUAGGUGAUUAAUAUUUAUAGUUUUCUGCAAAACAACUGAAAAAUUGAACUUUUCAACGAUAAUAAAAUAAUGUAGAAUACUUAUCCCAAUUUUUUCACGUUUUUUUUUUUUUUUAAUUGCAAAAAAAUUCAAUCAUACUUACUUGAUCCCAAAAUGAUAUUAUUUUAAUUUUUUGAUAUUAAAUUUUAGGUAAUUUCUUCACUCUCCGUAUAAAAAAGGGAGUCAACGAAAAUUUUACUUACUUUUAAUAUCUUUUUAAAAUGCCUUUAAUUAUUCAGUGUUCAAUGUUUUAUAUGAAAUGAUUCUUGUUUUUGAUUUCGUAAAAAAAAAAAAAUGAUAAAAUUUGACCAAAAACUUUGGGAAAAAAAUGCAAUUCUGGUGGAAAACUGACGUAAAUAAAUAAAUACUUUCAAAUAUGUAACACAAAAACUCGUUAAAAAUUAUCAAAAAAAAAAAAAAUGUCAAUAUUGUAAUGAAUACGUAAACAUUAAUUUUCUGAAAAUCAAAAAAAGUAUCAAAGUUUCUGAGUUUGGAAAUAUUGUUCAAAAUGCUUAAUAAUAUUGAAAUUGCGUCAGAUCCGUCAAAAAUAAAUUCAAAAAUUUUCCAAAAAUUACACAAAAAUGAAAAAUAAGAGCACAUUGAAAAAAUUAAAAUUGAAAAUUUGUUUAUAACAAAAAAAAAAAUAUUAGAAAAUUUGGAAACAUUAUGUUGGAAAAUUCCGAAGUGGACAGAAUUGUUUUGCUGUAAGUGUCAGAUUUUUAAAAAAUAGAGAAAUAAAUAUUAUGAAAAAAUGUCCAAAAAAGUAAAAGGAAAGAAAAUUGCUAAAAGUGAUAUAAAAACAAAAAUGUCACAAAAAACCAAAAUCUGAAAAAUGUAGAUUAUUAAAAUCGGUGAAUUUUUUAAAAAAAAUAUCGGAAGUUCGGAAAAAUUGACUUCAAAUUUCAAAAAGAAAAAAAAUUGAUCAAAAUUGAGAAAUUUUCUUAAAAAUACUGAAAUUUUGAAAAUUCUAACUAAAAAAACUUGGUUAAUUGGUGAAAAAUUGAAAAGAUAGUUUGAAAAGUGCCCAAUAAAACCCAAAAAAUAUUUCAAAAAUCUCAAAAAAGUGUCAAAGCUUAAUUUAUGAAAAAAAUAUGAAAGUAGUUUCUGAAAGUCGAUCAAAAAGCCCCAAAAUUAUUCGCUAAAAAUUACAUAAAAACAAAAAAUUGAGUGUAAAAAUUUGCUGAAAAUAUUUUAAAAAUAAAACGUGGAGUGAAACAAAAUUUAAUUUUUACAAUUAAUAAAAUUUCUCUUAUUUUAAAAAAAAAAUAUGUAAGUAUGCUUUGGAUUGAGUUUUUUUUUCGGUUGAGUUGUUGUGUGUUUUUUUUGUAAAAUUUACAAAUUUUAUUUCUUUUUAGAAAAAGUUCUUUAACGAAUCUUGAUGAUCUCAUUGUCUCAUUUCCAACCAUCGCAAUUACGAUAACUCGAGUCCCCUUUCCCUUCAAAAUUCAAAUCCAAUCCAUUACAUCACAUAACCCUCUUACCUAAGCAAGGUUACUACUGUAGAAAAAUCACCUGCGAAAUUUUUCAAUCUAAAUCCAACAAAAACCGUGCCUGAAAAAGCAAAAAAAAAAACUAAAACCAACGCUAUCUUGAUAUUUUUGUUAUACGUGUGAUCUCAUAUUUUGAAAUUCUUUAUAAUAUGAUUUUUAAGUGCCAAUUUAUUAUAAAUCAAAAAUUUAAAAAAAAAUCAACUUGAUAGCUAGUUCCUAUUUAUUAAAUAAAGUCGCUGAAAAUGAAAAUGAAAAAAAAAAAUCGGCGUGAUUUUGAAACCGAAAUAAUUAUUCGACAUUACGAAUAAUUGUUUAUACGACGACUAUUUCGUAUGUGUAGAUCAUUAUUUAUCAUCACGUGUGCAUUUCCAAUUAUUUUAUUAUACUAUACUGUUCGUUGAUCGAAUUUUUAAGGCGAUAGCUGUUGCUAUAAUGUAUUACAUAAAGAUAUUCGUAUUUGUAAUCUUCGUGUGUAAUUAAAUGUAAAUAAUUAUUUUAAUUUGCAAAAAGCAUAAUAUUGUUAAAAUAUUAUUUAUUUAUACGUGUUAUUUUUUUCCUUUUUUUUUCUUUCUGUUUUAUGCGCUAUGUAUAAAUACGAACGUGUGUAAAAAUAAAUGUUUUUGUUAGUUCCUGAA